AUGCAAUUUUCUGUAAUUGUGCAAGCUUUGGUAACGACUGUCUGCUGUGCACAGUACGUUCCACUGAGUAUUACCGUCGUUCGACCAGCAGAAUUGGACAGCUUUAGCAAGAGGAUCGAGGACGCUUUGAAGAGUGCUAUUCGUAAUCUCUCUACAAUAGUUUCUGUUUUGGACUAUGGGAGCCGAAAUGUCACAAAGAAACCAAUCAUCAAAUGUUCCCCGAUUUUCGAGAGAACGAGAACUGUCAGAAUAAUAGAGAAGGCCGAAGAUCACGAAAGUCAUGAAGUAAAACUCGGUUUCGAAGAGAGUUUUCUUCUGCAGACAAGAGGUCUCGUUCUUCUUAUAGAGGAUGAGGCGAGGAAACACUUUGGUUGUCCAUCGUUGGUAGGAAUCGAGGCCGAUUCUGUUGAUAAGAUUCACUUGAACGAGUAUAUAUUUGGGAAUGAACUUAUGACACCUUUUCUAUCAAAUGUAUCGAAUCGAUUCUCGUAUAUUAGCGCUGCGAUUCUGGAAGAAACGUACUUUGGUGAGAGACCUUGGUACCGUGUGAAUCGUUCUGCGAUUCUUGAAGAACACGAAUCGCUGUGGUACGGCCGUGGAUGGGGUUGUACGUUUGCUGAACGCAGUUGUUUUGACUUCAUCGCUGAUCGUACAAGGCUUAUCCGUUGUCCAGACAUCCGUCUUCCUUUCUACGAAAACGCGUUGGAUCGCCACCAAAUCAACGAUUUUGCCCCAUGGCCGAGGCUUUCGUGGAUGAUCAUUACAACCUACUAUGAAGAAUUGUCACGUUUGGAGAACGUCCGACGAUUAUACAGUGCUGACAUACCAUAA